UUCUCAUAACUUACGAAUUUAUUAGUUACAAUAAGCAAGAUAUGUUCUUCACGGAAUCAAGAAUCUAAAAUUUUUUAUUUCAUACAUAAGAUGAGCAUACUUGUUUGAAAUUUAAAAAACUCCUGCGAAAAUUUUGCUUUCAAGUGACUAUAUGAAAAUCUAAUCGGAUUUUCUUACGUAUCUUUUUUUGUCAGCUUGGUAGUUAUCUCGAAAUAUCAAACUGAGCUUUAGUAGAUUUGCAUUGAAACUUUGACGAUACUCUUUUCAUAAAAUGCCAAAAAAAAACAGCGAUUAUAUAGAAAUUUAGUAACAUAUAACUAUUAUUAUAUUUAUAAACAGAAGGUAACUAGAAUAUGAUAGAUUUCAUCUUCAUAUCCAACGGCGAAAUGUUUUUGAAAUAUAAAAAAAAUUUUCAUAUUCUGCUUAUCUAAAAUUGCACAUAAUGAAUGCCUCUCAAUAUAUACGUUUGUAAGCCUUAAUUGAAUAGAAAAAUUUAUGAAAUAUUUAGAGAUUCUUUUUUUCUUAUGAUUAAUCUUUAGAUUGAGAAAAAAAAAUUUAUAUCUACGAAGUGUUUUAUUAGGAGUAGCGAAUGUAGUUUAUGUUUGUCUUAAUAUAGGUAUUUUCCACUGAUAAAUCACUUUUUAGUCUCGACUAUGCACAUUAUAUAACAUCUAACGAGUUAGGAAUACGCUCGGAAGAUUCCAAAUCCUUCGUAUUCUACUUUCAAGGUACUGGAGUUUUAUGAUAUUUGUCAAGCCAAUGUCAUGGUUUCGACCAACAAUAAAAUCUAAACUGAUUUUUAAAUUUUAAAUCGAAAAUGCAUAGAAAUAGAUCUUAACCAUAAUAGUUUAUUGUGAAAAUUUUAAAUCUUCUCGACAUUUCUCUCUCAAACUUCACAAUAAACUAUUCUUUGUCAUGCAUGAAUCUUUAAAUAUUUUCAAGAUGAAAUUCUUAAAUCAAUUUCCCUAAUCUUUCGUUACAAAGAUUGUCACAUUGAUAUAAAAAAUAACUUAAUAAUGCAGGAUUUUUACAACAAUAUACAAUCAAUCUGAAUUCUUCUCGUGGUAUUCAUAACUGAUUAGAACCUUUGUAAUGUACAUAGUCUCAAGUUAAAAAUCUUUAAUCAGUUAAAGAACUCCCUUCAAUAGUAAUAUGUAUCGGUUGCGACGGAUACAUAUGUAAUAAAGCAUGUCGUCAGAAAUGACUCACAGUAUUGCAAAACAAACUUACGUUAGUUAUAUCUUGAGAUAGAUAGAGACUCGUUUCCUGUAGAAUAAUUUAUCGUAUCUAUCUAGUUUGAUGAGAUUCAUUAAAUAAGAGUAUUUAUCAAUAUGAAAAGAUAUAUGUCUAGUAAAAACUUUGAUUUAUUUCUUAUUUAUCUAAGAACUAGUGUUGACGUCAGAGAUAAGUAAGGAUAGGUAAAAGAUGGAUAUUUCAAGAAUGAUUAUAGCUAGCAAUCUGUGGCUUCACCAAUCCAAAGGGAGACAUCGAAAAAUCUUUUUCGCCCAAUUUUAUAUAAGAUAAUAUCAUUUUCAUAAAAUAUUCAAAAAAAUUAAUAAAUAAAAAACCCAACUUUAGAUUGAAUGAAAUUUUGAUUCAAACUGACGCCUUAGAUCGAGCGACUUUAGAUCUUUAGUUCAAGAUAAUAUAAAAAAGGGUUAUUUUUUCACAGCUUGACGUUAACUAGGCGAAAUUGUAUGGGUGUGUUUCCUCUGUUGAUCUGCAUUCACACCCUACGGCGUAGAUAACAGUAGACAUUGAGAUUUUUCUCAAAAAUGCUUGUCAAUUAUAUAAAUAUGACUCAUUCUUUUGAUAAAGGAUUUUUUUCUAAAUAUUUUACGAAGAUAUAUGCAUUUUUCUCAAUAGAAAAUAUUAUCAUUAGGGAUGCAAGGUUUUGUACAUUGAAUGAAGCAUUACCCAUGUUGUACAAUGCUCAAUUCUAUAGUGAAAAUAAAAACGAAUAUUCAAAUACCAAAAAAUAAAUAAAAUUUUCGAGAACUGUAAUAUCAUUCAAUCAUAUUUAUUCUAGAACACACAAGUACUCAGAACAAAAUACGUAAACGUGCCUCGAAAAAAGAAUCUAAUUCACUCAAUGAUCAGCGAACAACCACCAUUACUGAGAAUGUACAAAAUAAACCAGAAAUCAAUACAAAAGCUACUUGUGCAGAAAUAUUUACCAAUGCAAAUAAUUUGUUCAAUGAAUUUAUUAAUGAAUUGGACAACCUAUGCGCCAAUUGGAAAGAAUUACCUAUAGAACAAUUGCUCAAUAUUUUUCCUGAUAUUGGAUCAGUUGAAACUGAUAUGAAAAUUCUUAAAGAAUUUCUUCAAGCUGAUGUUUUACCGUAUUUACAUAUCAUAUUUAAAUUCUGGAAAAAUCGAAAGUAUUUGCAUGAUGUAUCAUUUGGUUUUAAUGAUUUGCACGAACGAUUUCAUAUUUCUUCAAAUACUGAUUUGAAGAAAAUUUUUUUCGACUUAAUUGAAAUCAAUAAUAAAACAAUCAGUAGUGAAUGUUACGAUAAGUAUCAACGUUAUAUAAUAACGAUCGAAAAUGUUUAUUCAACAAAUAUACUUAAUUUAUGUGCAGAAUUAAAUGUAUCAAAAGAAUUGAUCCACUUUUUAGAUAAUCUUACUACAACUGAUGCUGAUAAUCUUCUUGAAGCAGUGAAUGAUUGGGAUGAAACCCUUAUUAGUACUGAGUCUGUCAUUGAUUUUGUUAAACUCAAAACAUUUUUUACACAUGCUUACACAUCCAUAGAAGAAAUUCAUUCAUAUAAAACAGAACUCUUAUUUCAAGAUGUUGCACAAUGUUUCGAUAUUAUUUUCAAAGAUGAUGAUUUUAAGAAUGUUAUUGGAUUAUUUGAAACAUG